AGUCCAAGUCGCCCUUCUGCGCCCUUCUUUUCCUCCCAUAGCACUUCUGGCCCUUCUUUCGGCGCGUCACUACUCUGUUGGUACCUUGGGGAUAGGCGACGACCACCAUGUUAUUCGCAAGGCCAUGGACAAGCUUAUGCUUGCUGGCGGGAAGCUUGACGGGCGCAUUGGCGCGAUCAGGUGGUUUGAGUGAGGAUCCUGAUAUCAAGGCCAUUUCGUUGCGGACACACAGCCUCGAGCCCCCAUACCUCGAUUCGGACAUGCAAAGCCGCUGGUGGGAUUUUGGCGGAGACACCAUUAUUCGAACUGAUAAGUACAUUCGACUCGCUUCGGAUAAGCCCUCUCGCGAUGGCUGGUUGUUUUCCCGAGUGCCGCUCACAGCUACCAACUGGGAGAUCACAUUCGAGUUCAAGAUCCACGGACAGGGGAACCUUUACGGCGAUGGUUUUGCCAUGUGGCUCACCAAGCAGCGUGCACAACCAGGAAAUGUCUUUGGCCAUACGGACAAGUUUGAGGGCCUCGGUCUUUUCUUCGAUACCUACAAGAACAACCGCCCAGGCACUGUGUUUCCUUAUAUCAUGGCCAUGAACGGUGAUGGAAACACAGCCUACGACAAGGACAACGAUGGCAAGUCCAAUGAGAUCGCUGGAUGCUCUGCCCGUGGUAUUCGCAACGCCCAAGUCGCGACCAAAGCCCGCCUCACCUACUUCCAAGAGCAAUAUCUUCGUCUUGAACUCCAAUACAAGUCCGAGGACGAAUGGACACAAUGCUUCGAGAUCCCCAACUUCAAAGUCCCGCCCGUCGCCUACUUGGGCUUCUCCGCCGAAACUGGUGAACUCUCCGACAACCACGACAUCAUCAGUGUCAGGUCGAUGAACCUUUACAAGAGAACCCCUGGCGCCGCCCCGGCCUCGGGAACCGCAGGCGGCAAGACCGCUUCAUCUACGUAUCGGGGAAAGAGCGACAGCAGCGGUGGAAGCUGGACGUGGUUCUUCAUGAAGAUUGUCCUAUUCGGUCUGGCCAUCACUGGUGGAUAUGUUGGCUACACUAUCUACAGGACGAGGCAAAGAGACCGUUUCUAGGAGAAGAGUAGUUCAUGUUUAAAGUUCAAAGGCAAGAAGACUGCCAUGUGGCAGGCCCGUCCCAUGGUACAGGUUGAUGGGUGCGUCGAAGUUGGGGACGCGAAUGACUGGACGUCGCUGUACAGGGUUGGAUGAUGGAGUUAUUGGAAAAAGCGGUCGGGAAAGGGGCACGCAUAUCGUUUUUCAUUCCCUAGUAUAUUGUCACACUACUCCACCUAACAUAUAUCGACUAGAAUCAAAACUACACCA